AUGACUGGCGAGUGGGAGAAGGUGAAAUUUGUCAAAGAAGUCCAGAAUUAUUUAGCAUUUCUGAUUGUCUUGGGGUGUUUGAUCUUAGCUGUCCUGACAACUUUCAAGGAGUAUGAAACUGUUUCAGGAGACUGGCUCCUCUUGCUGGAAACUUUUGCCAUUUUCAUCUUUGGAGCAGAGUUUGCCUUAAGAAUCUGGGCUGCUGGGUGUUGCUGUCGCUACAAAGGAUGGAGGGGGAGACUCAAAUUUGCCAGGAAGCCUUUGUGCAUGCUGGAUAUCUUUGUGCUGAUUGCUUCAGUGCCAGUGGUUGCUGUUGGGAACCAGGGCAAUGUUCUGGCCACAUCUCUCAGAAGCCUCCGAUUCCUCCAGAUCCUACGGAUGCUCCGAAUGGACAGGCGGGGAGGUACAUGGAAACUUUUGGGAUCAGCCAUUUGUGCACACAGCAAAGAACUCAUCACUGCUUGGUACAUCGGGUUCCUGACACUCAUCCUAUCCUCAUUUCUUGUUUAUCUGGUUGAAAAAGAUGUUCCUGAAAAGGAUGCUAACGGGGUGGAGAUGAAGGAAGAGUUUGAAACCUAUGCAGAUGCACUGUGGUGGGGGCUGAUCACCCUCGCUACAAUUGGGUAUGGCGACAAGACCCCCAAAACAUGGGAGGGACGGCUGAUUGCAGCUACUUUCUCUCUCAUUGGAGUGUCUUUCUUUGCUCUUCCUGCAGGUAUUUUGGGCUCAGGGCUGGCACUGAAGGUCCAGGAGCAACAUCGUCAAAAACAUUUUGAGAAAAGAAGAAAGCCAGCAGCUGAACUCAUUCAGGCUGCCUGGAGAUACUAUGCUACUAACCCCAACAGGAUUGAUCUAGUUGCUACCUGGAGGUUUUAUGAAUCAAUUGUUUCAUUUCCAUUUUUCAGGAAAGAGCAAUUGGAUGGUACUACCAGUAAUGUCAUGUUUAGUAGGGAGUCAUUCUUUGGAUCAAGCCUCACAAGAAAACUUAGCCAAAAGCUGGGUCUCUUGGAUCGGGUUCGUGGUACCAAUACUAAAGGAAAGCUAUUUACCCCUCUGAAUGUAGAUGCCAUUGAAGAAAGUCCUUCAAAAGAGCCUAAGAAUGUUGUCUUGAAUAAUAAGGAGCGUUUUCGCACUGCAUUCCGAAUGAAAGCGUACGCUUUUUGGCAAAGCUCCGAAGAUGCAGGAACAGGGGAACCCAUGGCAGAAGAGAGAGGCGACAGUAGUGACUUCCUUAUGGAGGACAUGAUCCCCACAUUCAAGACAGCCAUCCGAGCUGUGAGAAUACUACAGUUUCGUCUCUAUAAAAAAAAAUUCAAGGAGACUUUGAGGCCUUAUGAUGUAAAGGAUGUGAUAGAGCAAUACUCAGCAGGGCAUCUUGAUAUGCUUUCCAGAAUAAAAUAUCUUCAGACAAGAGUAGAUAUGAUUUUUACACCUGGACCUCCAUCUACUCCCAAGCAUAAGAAAUCCCAAAAGGGAGGAGCUUUUUCUUACCCUUCACAACAGUCUCCCAGAAAUGAUCCAUAUGUAGCCAAAGCAUCUACAGCAGAUACUGAAGACCAAAGUAUGAUGGGCAAAUUUGUUAAAGUUGAACGACAGGUUAAUGACAUGGGGAAGAAACUGGAUUUUCUUGUUGAUAUGCAUAUGCAUCAUAUGGAACAGCUGCAAAUACAAGUUGCUGAGAUAAGUCCAUUGAAAGAAACCGCUUCUCCUGCAAAGGAGAAGAGACAAGAAAACAAAUAUUCUGAAUUAAAAACAAUAAUAUAUAAAUACACAGAGCAGUGUGCUCAUGAAACUCCUUACAACUUCCAGCAGGUUCCAGUCAACAAAGUCAGUCCUUAUGGUUUCUCACCACACGGUCAUAUGACUCAUUCAAAACCUUUAUCAAUAGGUGGGCAAAACUCUGGCAAACUGCAAGCCACACCUUCCUCAACUUCAUAUGCAGAAAGGCCAACAGUUUUGCCUAUAUUUACAUUAAUGGACUCCCAGAUUAGCUACCACUCUCAAGGAGACCUACAAAGCCCUUACUCAGAUAAGGUGUCACCAAGACAGAGAAGGAGCUUAACAAGAGACAGUGAUACUCCAUUAUCCCUUCUCUCCGUCAACCAUGAGGAACUUGAGCGCUCCCCAAGUGGCUUCAGUAUCUCCCAAGACAGAGACGACUUCCCGUUUGGCCCCAAUGGGGGUUCAGCGUGGAUGAGAGAGAAACGCUACCUAGCAGAGGGGGAAACGGACACGGACACCGACCCUUUUACACCAAGUGGCUCCAUGCCUUUGUCUUCUACGGGAGAUGGGAUUUCAGAUUCAAUAUGGACCCCUUCAAAUAAGCCAGUUUAAAAGUGCGUGUGGGGGCGGUCACUGGUUGACUUCUCCAUGUAAUGUAAGCAUACUUUGUAUAUCUCACUUACUCUACACCCAAAGCUUACUAGUUCAAAACACCAAUGGCUGCAUAAGAUGCAUGUGAUAUUAGUGGUAGUCAUUCUGCACCAUUUCAUACAAUUUACUAAUGCAGUUUUUUUCAUGCUACCAAAACUAAGGAGCUUAGUUUUGAGCAUGGUUUGCAUGACUUUACCCUAUAUAAAUGGUACAGCUGAUUUCUUCUAUGAUACAUAUCUAUCUGAUACUCUUCAAUACAACAAUGGCGAAUUGCUAACAGGCGAGAUAUGGUGGUCCUUGCUACAUUUUGUAAACAGAGCAGCAAAGUAAAAAUAUUUUCAGGAGCAAUAUCCCUUUGUGGAAACUUAAUGUCUGAACCCAUUUUCCAAUGUAAGUAAAUCAAACUCUAACCAGCCUAGCCAAGAACAUCUAAUAUUCAAAGCAAGGAAAAAGCUGAGUCAAAGUAAAUGACCUUACUGAAAUGGUUUUGUGAACUAGCUGUUUCUCAUGAGAUCUAUUAUACAACUGCCCAUGAAAUAAAAUGUCAAAAUGAAAUUAGGGGUAGAAUUUAAAAUUAUCAGAGGGAUCUCCUGGGAUUGGUCAUGGAUAUUUAUUUAUUAUAAGAUGUAAAUAGAAAUCCUUCAAACUACUUUGAAAAUCUCCACUAAUGUUUAUAAAAUUGCUCAAAGCGUGACUACAAUGCUAUUUUGUAGAAAAUCUUUUGCUAAAUCCAUUUAUUAUGGAGCCAAAUUUUCUUUCUGUUCCAAAAAUAAGGUUGUUCAGUGCAGGGAACCCCAGGUUUAUACACUCCACUAUUUUAUUGACCUAUGUGCUGCUAAGUAAGCUGCAUAAUGUUACCCUGCCUCAGUUUCCCAAUCUGCUAAUUGGGAGUUCUACUUCUGUACAUAAACACAGGUUAUAAGGCUCAAUUCACUAAUAUUUGCCAAGCGCUUUGAGCUCCUCAGAUGGGCAGAAUCUCUCUACUCUGUUCCCUGGGAGUUCCACCAUGUGGGAUGCUGCCAGCAUCUGUUUCUCUCUGUUUACUGUUUCUCUUGGAAAUGGACUACUCCAUGAAUGUGUGCCAUAUUUAAGAUCAAUGUAAAAAUAAACAAAUACCAUUUUUGUCACCUGUCCCUGAGCAACAGAGGGAUAAGCAUGCUCCUUAGGCUUUAGCCAAAUAUUUUUUCAUGGGAAUUGGAAAUACGUUGACGGAGAGUAGGAAAGCAAUCCAGCUUUCCUACACUCUGGGAGUAGGGGCAGAAUGGGAACAGGGCAGAAAUGAACUAUAUCCCACCCAGUAGUGUGAUCUGUGGGAUGUGUACAGUGGGAUCACAUCCCGCUACAGUGGGAAUGUAGUAUCUAUACAGACAGUGAAACCAACCUGUCCAAAUAGUUUAUGCCAAUCUAGGUGUCCAUGAGAAAGUGUGCAUUAGAUAUCAAGUUCUUUGGUUAUGGAGUCUUUAGAGCUGGUGGAAAAGUGAUCAGUACAGCCAGUGAGCACAGGGUACAAGAACUGAAGCACACGUGCUUUAGGAUGAGGUUAAUCUCAUCUUUAACUCAAUUACCUACAAUGACCAAAUUGCUGACUUCAAAAAGAGCAGAGGGUGACUUGCUGAAAUGUCAGAUGAUCAGGGACACUCACAUCCCAUCAGAACACAAGAAAGAGAUACACUUUACUGGGCUUCCCAUGGGUAACUGGGUAUUGCACAGGCCUGGACAGAGUGUGCUUCAGUGGAAGACACCUUGCUGGGUUUUGCCCUCUGUAGUAAACUUCAAAUUUGAUUCCUCAGUAUCAUUGACAUCUCUUAACUGUCAUUCCGUCCAGGGAGCUUCUAUUCUCUUUCAGAUGUAGGCAUUGCCUUGAUCUUUAUUCUUUAUUUAAAGAGACAGCUAAAGGAUUAGGAUCUUCUUACUUCAUCUGCUUCUUCAACUAAAUCAUGAUACAUCCUUCUGGGACAGAGCUUCAGGGAGAACAAAUUGCUGUAGUUAUUCCAGUAAAUACUGCAGACCAGUUACAGCCUUUGAAGCUGGGCUGAGUCCAUGGAGCUGUUCUGAAGCCAGUAACUAUGAUGAUAUGAGACACAAUUCUGGUAAUUACUUAAUUGACAAAAUUGCCAUUGACAUGAAAGAUAAUCUCUAUUUGGUGCAGUUUCAUGGCUAAACUUGAAGAAAAUAGAACUAGCUGACAAAAGCGUAAUUAUUAUAAUUUGGCAUAUUGAGAAGAAUUCUUUGGCCAUCAGUAAUUUUUGGAAAUACCUGCAUUGCACCUGCUGCAGGCUUUCUGAUACUGUAAUACGUGUCUGUGGCAACUCAUAAGAUUUAACCCUCACAUGACGAAUGAGAAAGAAUGCAAACGGAUUUUAACAUCAUUGCUAGAUUUCUUCUGAAAUUAGUGUAAGUAUGUGCUAGACAGGCAUGCUUCACUUUUCUUAUAUGUCAAGUUCCCGGCAUCCCUACUGAUUUAAUUUGAUUUGGCCCUUCUUAAAAUGUUUUCUAAAUCUGAGUAAUCAAAAAUCAAGGCAGCCAAAAAACCAAGUGCAAUCUGAGAAUUUUAGUUAGUGAAUGUUUCUGACAGGGGCUAUGCCAUGCAGUUCCCUGCCCAGUUCCCCCCUCAAAUUCUUCAGUUCACUUUUCCCAUGCCAGGUUAUAUAAAGGGAAUAUUUUCUCAGUAUUAAACCUGGCUGAAAAUCCGUAAAUCCUCUCAUUAUAAAGGUAUGUUCAUUCCAAGAGAAAGUUCAAGCAAGGUUAGAGACUUGCAUGAGUCUUCACCUGUACACAGAGUGCACCCCCAGAGCAAGGGGGACUUGAACUUCCCUGCACUGUGUACACUUAGCAACUGAACUGCCCUCAAAUUAGCAUUUUCUAUGGGCUGUAAGCACCAAUUUGCUACAUGCAGCUUAAAAACGCCCAGGUCAGGUAUUUGUAGCCACAUCAUAAAGUAUUUAAUGAUGUGCUAACAAGCCAGAUAAGGUCUGCCUCUUCCUUAAAGGCACUGAUGGUAAGGUCAGCAAGACCCUCUGCAGUGGACAUCUCUGAAUCCUCUGGAAGAUACCCAAGAAGAGAGCUAAGGAAGGUCUGAUUUACAUCUUAUUUUAAUAUUUAUUUUUUCUAAUAAAGCAGUCACUGCUCAGUCAGAAGGGUGACAUGUUUAGCAGCUCCCCACCUCCUACAUCACCUGGAUUUAAAAUAGGGUGUGCAUCAGUUCUGCUGCCUGUGCUGACAACAGACACGUGUCAAGGUGUCUCCAGCAAAUCAAGAUCUGAAGACCAUCCCUGAUCUGGGAUGUGAACACAAACUUCAUCAGACUCCAGCUCAGGGUGAGUCCAGGAAGUGAAUCCAUGUUGGAACUGCAGUUUGUGUUCCUGCCAUUGAUACUGGGCAAAAUGAGGUAAAGUAUCUGUGAUUUCUGUCCCUGGCAACAUUUAAAAGGGCAGGACCUGUUUUGCAGAGUAGGCUCACCACGUACAAGGAAUCGAUUAUUCACAAUUUCAUUCGAGAGAGGCAUCUGUGUCAACAGAACUCUGCACAGCAGGGAUGGAUUAGAUUUAUCCCUUCUUCCAUUCGCGUGUGACGUUUCAGUUUAACAGCUACCCAUUUUGCUUGGGUCAGAUCUUCCUGGCACCUAGACUGACACUGACAUUUUGUUUACGUAUAGUUAACCUUAAAGAGAAUUAACUAUUGAGCUCUUUGCUGGCUCUUAAAUCUUAUGAGUGAGCAAGGAUUUACUUCAGGCCUUGAGAUGUUUUUCAAAAUCAGAAAGUGUGGGGCUUUCCCUGGCUUUUCCUAAAAUCAGUAAGAAACCUCAAACUGAUGCACUAGGAUUGGGUCCUAUCUAGCUUAAUUUAUUAAUUUCUUUGUAAAAUACAGCACUGAUUUAGAGAUGCUUUUCUUAGUGACAUUUUGAUGCUGAUUUUUUCACUCACUAACAAAUGACACACAUCUGGAAGCUGUUGAAAAGGUGAAUCUGUGUUUACAUUGGGUACCUCUCUUUGCAGCAUUGUUGCCCAUCAACCUUCCUCACUUUAGGUUCAAACUGAGAAUAUUUCAUUACAGCAGAGGUGAAUGUUUAACAAAAAUAUGCAGGUAUAGAAAAUGUGGUUUAUGCUCCAUUUAAGGACUUGCUCCUUUAAAAAAAAUCUAGUCAUGUAAAAGGUUGCUGUUUUUUCCUUGGCUUUUCCCUGCACUGAAUUAAUCAAUCUGGCUCCUAUGGAAAUAAAAGGGAAUUCAACAUGUGGAGAGAUUGACUGAAAAGUCCCUAAAACUGACUUUGGCUAUAUUUGCUCUGUUCUUAUCUGUGACUUUGCUGCAUUGUUACAGUUCAGAGUGGAAACAGUUUGAAAUUUUUCAGCUUCAAGUUGUGGCCGUCAAGUAAAGCCCACCUGAACCCGUGCGUAGCGGGGCUGCUGACUCGUGGCCUUCAGGAGAGCACCGUGGUCCAAUCAGUUUGGUAGAUCCCAGCCUAAAGCAAUCAGAAAAUGCAGAUUAAGGAGCAAAUUCAGCCCUGCUGGGGGUCCAGAUGUUGCAGCAGUGCCACAUCUGCCUCUCUAUGAACCGAAAUUGUCCCACUUAGUGCAGAGCAUGUGAGAAAGAACUGGAUCUUGAUUCCUUGCACCCCACAGCCCCCUUUAGAUGCCCAAGUGCUACAAACCUAAAUUUUCUACAGCACCUCAUGAAUUUGGUGUGAUAUCACGUUUUCAGGAGCCCAGCUGAAUGCGAGUGUUCACUUUCAAAGUGAACUUUUGAUUUUCAGAGGUGCAGAGGAAAAAGGGGCCAUUUUCAAGUGUUUUUAGCUGGGCACUGUGUGGGGGGGAGAUCCUGAGUAUCGCUAUUGCUUCUGAUGAUUUAGGCUGUAAGAUUUGAUCCUGCCCAAUUCAGCUUUUAGUAGCUUCCCUCUGAAGUUAAGUGAAGCAAAAUACUAGAAGUGGGAUCCUAUUUCCAUCCUCAAGAAUACGCUGAGACUGAAGGUUACAUGGCCAACUGCAUUUUGUUUUCUAGUUAUGGCAUCUUAUUAUUACUAGUAUUUGUGCCUUGCUCACUGAAAUUUUCUCCAUGCUACAAAGAUGCUUUUCAGAUUCUGGCUGACAAGGGAACACAACUUUUAUACAAGUGGCCUUUAGUGCUCUUUAUAAUAUUAUUUAUUGUAAUUUUUAAACUGUAUGUGUAAUUUAUAUUCUGGCACUGUCCAAUAUUUGAACAACUUUAAUAUGUUUAUUUCAAUAUAUUAUGCAAAUGAUACUUCUUAACUGAUUUUUUAUGUUCUGUCUUUAAAAACUGCACCACUUAUUAAUAAAUAGAAAUUUCAAUUAUGA